AAAAGUCGCCUUCUUCGAUAGUAUGGGUAGCUUCGAGAAAAAGCAGCUAUACAGCAAUGUCAACAAUCCUCUGCCUGUGGAGUCUUACAGUUUGCAAACGCCUGUCCUUCCACUCCCCUCUAUUAGCGAUGCCUUCACGUUGAAUUGCGGAGAAAACUCUCCUGUAUACUUUCGAGCGGAUUCUUGUCAUGGUUUACAGAAUCAAGUGAAAGAUAACGGUGUUCCUUCACCAGCUAUUCAUACUGGUCAAUUACAAUCGGGUCCACCUCCUAUUGCUUACAUGCGUACCGCUUCUGGUGUGCAACAGGCAGAAUGGAGUACCUCACCACUUGCAACUCAGGGACCGUCGUUUUCUUCCCCUGAAGCGUCUGAGAACAGGAAUAUCUGUAAUUUAAAUCUUGGAGCUGAUUUGUACAGUCCAUCAGUAAUAUUACCACCUCUGACACCAAGAAGUUUUGGAAAUUCGCAGCAGUUCGCGUCUAAUGCACAGAGUAAUUCUGCGUUUGCAUUUCCAAUACAGCCUCAAAUAACAAUGGAAGGAACUGUAAAUUCGCCAAAGUUGACAGAUAUUUGUGUUCAAGGAUUCAUGGCCACUCCAAAUUAUGAAGCGACAUUGACUGGAGGAUAUGCUGGCAUGGUUAGUACUUCAAAUGGUGGAGGACUUGCUGCCUCAAACAGUACGAACAUGAUCACAUCUUUACCAAACUGUUCUUCUCCUGAAGGACUUGCUUCACAUCAUGAUUCUAAGCAAGGGCGUCAUAGUCAGUUAUUAUCGGUGAAAGAGAGAUUCCCAGAUUUAUGGAAAUAUGGAGGUUUAGAUGGACGCUUCAGCUCCCAUCGGAAGGAUAACAUAGACUUGGAAACUUUGAAAAGUCAUUUUCAUCUUCCAAUGGUUGAAGCUUCAAAAAAGUUGGGAGUUUGUGUCACAGUCUUGAAGAAAAUUUGUCGACGAUUCGGUAUCUCCAGGUGGCCACAUCGUAAGUUAAGGUCUGUUGCGAAACAUAUUGAGAAGCAUGAGAAAGCCUUCCAUAAAGGCUAUUCCGACCACUUUUCAUACGAUGAAGUUUUGGAAUUGUGCAGGAAGAACCCAGAGAAAUUUUCAAACUCGUCAAAAAACUGUGGUUUGUAUAGAAAUCAAGAUAUGACGUCCUCCGGUUCCUCCAAGUUAAGUAGUAGAAGUUUCAAUGUGUCCUCAGCAGAAUAUGCUGAAAGUUUGCCGUCGGGAGUUGACGAGAGUCCUGAAGAAUUGAAUAAGGAAUCUAUCAGUGAUGCCACGAGAACUACAAGUGAAGGGGAUCAAAUCUGAAACUUUACAACGGCUUCGUGGCGUCUCUGUGAAGCAUAACCUUUGGCCACAAAUAUUUCUGCAAAAUGCUGUUAUGUCUAAUAGUUGGUGUAGUUUGGUUCAAUUUGGUAUUUUCAUGAGUUUUCUCGCUAUGUUACUUUACACGUAUGGCG